GCUCAAAGUAUCCCCUCUGUGGACGGGGUUCAUCCAUCUCGCAAUUCUAGGAGGGUGAUGCCGUGCAGUCAUGGUGUCAGGUAGACUACCACCUCUGCCGCACCUCUCAUGGUUCGCUACGCAUUUUCCCCGGGCCCAAUUCGUCAGGACUGGCUUCGGUAUCGACAGAACAUGGUCAGGACGAGUCGCAUUGGUCAAUAAGCACUUGUGCGAUAAAUUCGUCAAGGCUCUGAAGAUUAGAGAAAAUGAGGUGAUAGUGGAUGUCUUUGCGGGACAUGGCGCCAUGACGAGAUCAUUGUUGGCAGGCGGAGAUGAAGUUGGAUCAAGCCAGAGAUGGGAACAGGCUGCCAAAAGCUUGUUAGCCGUCGAUUACACCACGGCGCGUAAAGGUGGCACUGUAAAGAGCCCUUUGCUUCCCUUUGCAUGGCUCGAGGACCGGGAAGCGAUACCGAAAAUACUGGAGAAUCUUAAGAACGUGCCCUCAGAAGUCCCUGGAGAUUCUUCCGCCGAAAAUGCACCAGGCCCGACUGUCAAGCCUCGCCUAGUCGUUGCUUUCGAACCAUCUGCAUCUCUCCUCAUACGAGGCCUGGGAGUGCCCGAAGAGUACCUCAGAGCGGAAGGAAAUUUGUUGUUGGAGCGUGAAGGCAAGGGUCCCGAACGGCUGUAUCAAUCAACUUGUGAUCCCAGGUUACGAAUUGUCUGCGGGCAACCUUACUAUUGGAACAAUUUACCCGCGGUUAUUGAACACGAGGAUAUUGCGGAAGACCUGGUAGCAUCAGGCACCAUCAAGAUCGACACUGACUCUCCGGACAAAGCUAGAGAACACUGGCAAAAUCACACGCCGCAUCUCACCCUGGUCAUUCAACCGUCGCAUAAACCAUUCGGCGAAUCCCUCGUGUCACAGUGGAUCGCCUCAGUCAUCGGUGCCGCGGAAGGAGAGCCAACAUGGAUUUGGAAAUGGGGCAGAGUGAGACUGGCCGUGCUGGUGUCGAAGACCAUGUAUGAUCGAAUGAUGGCCCAACCUGGCGAAUUGUCCAACAGCAAACUCUCCAUCUUGACACACGCAUUAUACGACGUCAAGCCUCUUCCUCCCCGCCAUCAUUCCCCAAACGUCCUCAACAAGGGACGAAAAGUCAAGGAUGAGCUCAGAUUCCUCCCCUCACAAUCAGCACGAGAAGGGGAUUUACAAGCCUACUACGACGCCAUGGACCUCUCUCGCGAUGAGACUUGGCCCCUUGAUUUCAACCCCAGCCCAUGGGGCGAAUCGUACAGCUCAAAGGUCCCCCUGGAACGACCAGACGUGCUGGGUCUACUAUUGGAGCCAAAGGUUGAAACGGUCAUUACGUCCACACAGAGGUACACUUGGGAAUACGUGCUUCGAAAAUGUAUGGCGAAGCCACUCCAUCCGAUAAGUCGGGCCAUACACGCAAUUGGAUUCGGUGCGGAUAAAUUGAUCCCUUUGAUUGAGAGCGUGAGCUCAGAAUACAAGGGGGAUCCUGUCGGACCCAAGGAGGUUGCACGCGAUAUGAGCAUUGCGCAGUGGGCUAGAGUUGUAGAUGUGGUCGAUAAGUGGAAAUAUAAACCUGUUGAGGCCUCAAGCUUGGCACAUGUUGUAUUAAAAUCUGGGCGAGGGGGAGAUGAUGAUUAGAGCAUUGGCGGCGUUGAGAUGGUCAGGCAUUGAUACAAACGUGAUUCUCUUUCGGGGGCUUGAUCGACUGAGACACAUAUCUAUUACCCCAUUCUACGAUCUACUGGCAUAUUUAUCACCUUUGAGCAUAUGUACAAC